UGCUCACCCUCUCUCAGUCUCCUCCUCACCCUCUAACCUGCUUUCCCUCACACAGAGCCCCCUCUACCUCGAACACAGCCCCAUCCUCGCCAUCUAACCCUCCUCUCCUUUAAAAAAAAAACUCACCUUACCCUCUAAACCCACACACAGCCCCCUCCUCACUCUCAGCAAGCGGAUUCCGAUUUCCGUUUGCUGUCACGCACAGCCCUCUCCUCACCCUCAGGCAAUAAGCUGAAGCUGCUGCUGCUACUGUUAUCUGUCACACACAGCCGCUAAAUCAAAUAAGUUAUAGGUCAGUGUUACUCUCAUUGACAAGGUGAAUACCUGUUGUUCAGUGUUAUUAAGGAUCAAAACCAGUUAUUGGAGCAUUGGUGCUAAUUCACGUGUGACCAACAAGAAGACGACUGAGAAGAACCAAACCUCAGAGAUCUACUGUACAUCCUGACUGGGGAGGAACAAAUGGAGUUUGAUGAAGUUGCAGUUUAUUUCUCGGAGGAGGAGUGGGGCUGUUUAGCUGAAGAACAAAAAGAGCUUUAUAAGAAUGUGAUGAUGGAGAAUUACCAAACCCUCAGCUCUCUAGGAUAUGUUCAUAUGAAACCUUUACUUGUUACAAAGAUUGAGCAUAGAGAGGAGCUGUAUGUGAGCAGUUUUCCAAUUACCAAAGGUGAAUUCAUAAACUGCAGUAAUUCUAGUGCUGGUCAGACUGCAAAUGCUUAUUUCAGUCUUUUUAAAAAUCAAAGAAGCCACAUGGGAAAUGUAUGUUCUGACUGUGGGGAAUGUUCUACUUGGCAAACAAAUCUCGUUGAUCAUCAAAAAAUGCAUACUGGAGAGAAAGCAUUUUCAUGUUCUGAAUGUGGGAAGUGUUUUACUCGGAAAUCAAAUCUUAUUGAUUAUCACAAAAUUCACACAGGAGAAAAAGAAUUUCCAUGUUUUGACUGUGGGAAAUGUUUUACUCAGAAAUCAACUCUUUUUAUGCAUCUCAAAAUUCACACAGGAGAAAAAGCAUUUUCAUGUUCUAACUGUGGGAAAUCUUUUACUCGGAAAUCAAGUCUUAUUAAUCAUCAGAAAAUUCAUACAGGAGAGGAAGCAUUUUCAUGUUCUGAAUGUGGGAAAUGUUUCGCUCAUAAAAGAAGUCUUAUUGAUCAUCAGAAAAUUCACACAGGAGAAAAAGCAUUUUCAUGUUCUGACUGUGGGAAAUGUUUUACUUGGAAAGCAAAUCUUGUUGAGCAUCAAAAAAUACAUACAGGAGAGAAAGCAUUUUCAUGUUCUGAAUGUGGGAAAUGUUUUACUCGGAAAUCAGAUGUUAUUAAGCAUCAAAGAAUUCACACAGGAGAAAAAGCAUUUUCAUGUUCUGAGUGUGGGAAAGGAUUUAUGCAGAAAUUUGAUCUUAUUAGGCAUCACAGAAUUCACACAGGAGAAAAAGCAUUUUCAUGUUCUGACUGUGGGAAAUGUUUUAAUCGGAAAUCAAAUCUUAUCGAUCAUCAAAAAACUCAUACAGGAGAGAAUGCAUUUUCAUGUUCUGAAUGUGGCAAAUGGUUUCCUCAGAAAUCAUCUCUUAUUAAGCAUCACAAAAUUCACACAGGAGAAAAAGCAUUUUCUUGUUCUGAGUGUGGGAAAUGUUUUACUUUUAAAUCAAAUCUUAUUGUUCAUCAAAAACAUCAUACAGGAGAGAAAGCAUUUACAUGCUCUGAAUGUGGGAAAUGUUAUACUCAGAAAUCAUCUCUUGUUAAGCAUCACAAAAUUCACACAGGAGAAAAAGCAUUUUCAUGUUCUGACUGUGGGAAAGCGUUUGUGGAGAAAUAUGAUCUUAUUAGGCAUCACAGAAUUCACACAGGAGAAAAAGCAUUUUCAUGUUCUGACUGUGGGAAAUGUUUUACUCAGAAAUCAAAUCUCAUUAUGCAUCAGAAAAUUCAUACAUGAGAGAAAGCAUUUUCAUGUUCUGUCUGUGGGAACGGUUUUACUUGGAAAAUGGAUCUUAUUAAGCAUCAGAAAAUUCAUACAUGAAAGAAAGCUUUUUCAUUUUCUCACUUUUAUUCAGAAAUCACAUCUUAUUAGAAAUCAAAAAAUUAAUAUUAAAGGAAAUCAGAGCUUUCAUCCGUACAAUGUCUAAAAUGCUGGUGAGGAUUCUGGUCCUCUUGUACAAGUUCUUGACGCUGUUUAAGGAUCCUGCUGCAUCUCAAGUGGUUAUGAGGUGGUCCUGAGUGGGGUAUCUGGGGUCCCUAUAUAGGUUUGAAUAGUCAAAUGAUAUGGCACAAAUUAAAUGUGCAUUUGAGUUUCAUGUGCCGAUCAAAGAAGUAGAAAUAUCCUCAAAGGCCCUAAUUUAUGUGUUGAUAAAUCCUUCUUUGAAAUAUAGAUAUUGUUGAAAUGAUUAUUGUCAGAUGAUCACUGGGAUAUCAGUUUUAUUUUCCUAGCUGGAAGUUAAAUUUACCAGGUGUGUAGCUGUUCAAGAUGAGCCUCUGUGUUACUAUCAAUAGUGCCACCAAAAGCCAUUAUCUGGAUUAGGAUAAGCCCCAGGAGUGGAACUAUCAUUGGUGCAGCAGCACCAGGGCCCAAGUACUGGAAGGGGGGUGGCAGCGGCAUAGUAGCCGGUCUAUAAAUAGGUGUUUGCAGAAUGUGUACAAUACUAAUGCAGGGGAACCUUUUAUAAGUGCAAAUUGUAUCUAUAUAUCCUCAAAAUCUUUAUACAGAACAACAUAUGUAUUUUAACUGUGGCUUACUACUGAGUUACCUUUGGGGGGGUCCCAAAACAAGUUUACACUAGGGCUCUAAGUUCGCUGCUGAUUAGCUCCUACCCUGAAAUAUAACAAAAGUGUAUUUAUUAAUUUCUAGUUAUUAAUUUAUAUAGAAAACCACUGAAUGAAUAGGUAUUUUGGGCUUAUUUUAGAAAGAUUACCUAAUACAAUUAUAAAUCCACAAACGUUUUAACUAUACAGGUCAGAAAUAACUCACAUUGUAUUGUUUACAACUAUGUUUAUUAAUAUUUUAAUAAAGAUAUGCAUUUGUUCACAAA